AUGGCCAUCACCACAGAAACUGUCAUAAUUCAACUCAAUGCUCCAACACAUUUUCCAAUCAAACUCACUGCCUCCAACUUUUCUGUUUGGAGAAGACAAGUUCAGUCCACACUGAUAGGACUUGAUCUUAUUGGAUAUGUUGAUGGAACGGUAACUGUCCCAUACCAAUUUUCUGAUGAUGCACAUACAGUAACUAAUCUGGCAUACACAGCGUGGUAUCGCCAAGAUAAAAUUAUUGUUAGUACCCUUCUCGGAUGUUGCUCCGACACAAUUCAACCCAUUAUCUUGUCUGUUGCGACUGCUUCUGAUGCAUGGAAGUGCCUCACAACAAGCUAUGCUAAUGCUUCACGAGGUCGAGUUAUCUCUCUGAAAGCCAAACUGGCAAAAAAUCCAAAAGGAAAUAGGAGUAUUGUUGAAUAUCUUAAUGAAAUGCGGGUCAUUGCGAAUGAUCUAGCUUUGGAUGCAAGCGAGGAAUACAAUUCAUGUUUUUCAACCAUUCGGAUUCGGGAGAAUCCAAUCUCCUUCGCUGAAUUGUCUGAUAUUUUGACUGAUCAUGAAAGGUUGUUGAGAGCAACAGAUGGUCAAUGCCAAACCAUGCUCGCUAUAGCCAAUAUUCCUCAGAAGGGUGGUCCGAGUACUACUAGCAAGACUAAUAAUUCUAGUCGCGACCAGAGUGGUCAAUUUUCACGGCGGUCUCGUGGAGGCUUUAAUGGACAGAACAAUCGUUCAUCCUGGAACAAUUCAAACAAUGGUAGGAAUGCAUUGUUUUGCAGGUUCUGUAACUAUCCAGGACAUGAGACACGGUUUUUCCGUAAACUAGCAAGAUUUUUAAAGGACAAUAAUGUUUGUCCCUCGCAGGCUCCCACUUCAACUCAUUUUCCUGCGUCUAAUGCUACUAUGGCUUCUGUUCCACCACAACAACCUUGGUUGUUUGACAGCGGCGCAUCUCAUCACGCCACAUCAACUCCCUCUUCAUUACAAACCAUUGCUGAUUACGGAGGUCCAGAUGAAAUACACUCGGGUGACGAUUCUCCUACGUUUGAUGGCAGGGGGAUUCCUCUGUAG